AUCAUUCGUAGUUGUUGGUUUGGUCAGUAGUUCACUCGUCGUCAUUUCGUUUUGCCGGUCGUCCAAAAAAGGGAGGCAGUAGAAUUUUAGAAUUCCCAUUCCAAGAAAUUGCAUUUAAUUUCUUUAAUUUUUGUUAAAAAUUUGAAAAAUGUCUUCUGAACAAGGAAAACCUUUAAACCUUGGAGAUCAAUUUCCAAAUUUUCAAGCUGAAACAACAAUUGGUAAAAUUGAUUUUUAUCAAUGGAUGGAAGAUUCAUGGGCUAUCCUUUUUUCCCAUCCUUCUGAUUAUACACCUGUUUGCACAACAGAAUUAGGUAAAGUUGCUGGUCUAUUACCAGAAUUUGCCAAAAGAAACAUCAAACCAAUUGCAUUGUCAUGUGAUAGUGUUGAAUCGCAUAAUGGUUGGAUUGAAGAUAUUAAAAGUUUUAAAAACAUUACUGAAUUCGGUUAUCCAAUAAUUGCCGAUGAUAAGCGUGAGCUAGCAGUUAAACUAAAUAUGCUUGACAAAGACGAACGUGACAAGGCUGGUAUUCCAUUGACUUGUAGAGCGGUAUUUAUUAUUGAUGCUAGUAAGAAACUACGCUUGACACUUCUUUAUCCAGCAUCAACUGGAAGAAAUUUUAAUGAAAUACUUCGAGUGAUUGAUUCUUUAAAACUAACUGAUAAUAAUAAGGUAGCCACACCAGCUGAUUGGGAGCAUGGCAAAGAAUGUAUGGUUUUGCCAACUAUUCAGCAAGAUGAUAUUCCUAAACUAUUUCCUCAAGGUGUUAAAACAGUUGAGGUACCAUCGGGGAAGAAAUAUUUGAGAAUGACUCCACAACCUGGACAGUAAUAUUGAUUUUGUAAAAUUUAUAAACAAAUGGAAAUUCAAUAAAUUUGU